AUGAUUCGAGAGAAUGAAAUAAUAUCCAAGGUUUUAUUGACCAUAGAUCAAUUCAAAGGAAAUGUUGACCAAUUUAUGAGUGCUAUUGUUGAAAAUGAAUAUACUCCUCAAAAUACCAAACAUUUCACCAGAUCACUAAUAUGGAAGACUUGUUACAUUACAAAGAGUUUGAAUAUUCAAACAUGGGACUCAAGACUAAGUGAAUCUAGAGUUAUAUAUCAUGCAUUAACAAAAAGAAAAGAUAUGAAUAUACCAUGGUGGGAUUUGGAAAGAGAUCAUAUCUUUUACCAAUCUAAAGAAUUAACUUUGACGAGAAAGCAGAGUCUUAAGAGAAACCCUUCGACAAAAACAUCUAGGACAGUGAAAAAAACUCCUUUAUCAACAGUUUCUAUUAGUAAAUCUGACGACCCUUUAAGCGCUUCUUCAUCUCAAUUGCAUAUUUUGAAGGAAGACCAUACUAUCGAUGAUUUGGAUUUGUUGAAAACAAUAAUAAUGGAUAUAGAUAGAUUAUUCCCAGGUGAAAAGUAUUUUAAUUCUUUGACGCCCUCAUCCUUGGAGUCUAAAAGGCAAUUGAUUGAAUUACUAUUUGUUUGGUCGAAAUGUAAUCCACAAGUUGGCUACAAACAAGGUUUUCAUGAAAUUAUGGGCUUAAUAUAUAUAAACUUGUACAGGGAGGUCAUCGAUGUGCCAAAUGAUUCUACUAUUUCGAAGGAUGAUUUAAAAAUAUUAAGUUUAUAUGACAAGCAUUAUUUACCGCACGAUUUGUUUACUUUAUUUAAUAGGUUCAUGGUCCAAGGAGGAAUAAUUGGGAGAUUUUACGAGAAUGAAAGUGUCUUAUGGAAGUCAAUCGAGAGCAUAAAUGUUAAUUUAAUGAAAAUUGACCAAUUAAUUCAUUAUAAUUUAGUUAGUAAGUUGAAGUUGGAAUCACAAUUAUGGGCAAUAAGAUAUCUUAGAUUACUCUUAUUAAGAGAAUUGGGAAAUGAUUUGGAGACUACAAGUUUAUUAUGGGAUAAACUAGUCUCGGUGCAGAAGUCGAUCUCGUCUAUUCCAGAUUUAAUUACUUUUUUAAUUAUAGGGUUAUUAAUUAGAGUGAAAACGGAAUUAAUUACAUGCGACUUUAGUGAAUGUCUAUCGCUUUUGUUACAUUACCCUAUAGGAAAGGAGUUUUCGAAAUCACCUGAAGAUUUCGUGUAUCAUUUGUUCAAGGACGCGGUGAAAUUAUACGAUAGAAGGGAUAAUGAUUUGAAAUUAUAUAAUUAUGGUAUUCAUCUCAACGAAAAAUGGAAUCCUAAAUUGAAAGUAGUAAUGAAUUUUACUAAUAGCAAUAGAAAUAGUGGCGAAUCCAGUAAAUCUGGAAGCCCAGCUCCCUCAGAACAUGCAAAGACAGAACAUGGUUCGAUGUCGAAACAUGAAAAAUGGCAUUCGAAAAAUACAGACUAG